AAACAAUAUUUUUUAUGAUUUGAAAAGAUUAGGUAAUAAACUGUUCAUUCUUUUGAUUAUCAACAUUCUAUAUUGUGACAAUAUAGCAUAGUAUACAGCAAUUACAAUAUACAAUAAUACUUUGAGACUAUAUUUACAAAAUGGCUGCUGUUAAUUUUGUUGCCGUGUUGGCACUUAUUUCAACGGUGUCCUGUGCUACGUACAAGCCAGACACGAAGGUGCCUGUAUAUGUAAACAAAGUUGGACCAUAUUUCAAUCCACAUGAGACAUACCACUAUUACCAAUUACCAGUAUGCAGACCAGAAAAGAUCGAGCACAAAAGUCUCACUUUGGGAGAGGUCCUGGAUGGGGACAGGAUGGCUCUCUCCAUGUAUGACAUCAAGUUUAAAACUGAUGUUGCCAAACAGGAUCUUUGUAAAGUAACCCUCAGCGCAGAGGAUCUAACUACGAUUCGAGAUGCCAUAGAAGAUCUCUAUUAUUUUGAAUUUGUUAUAGAUGAGAUCCCAGUCAGGGGAUUUAUAGGCCAUUUAGAGGAAGGGGGCUUCUUGCCUCAUAAUCACAAAAUCUACCUCUGGGCACAUCACCACUUCAAUGUGGAAUACAAUGGCGAACAGAUUAUAUUUGCUAAUGUAUCAACGAAAGAUACUCCACCAGUUAGUCUAGAAGAUGUUGUUGCGCCUUUUGAAGUAACAUUUACCUACAGUGUCAAAUGGCAUGAAACCAAAACUCCAUAUGAACAAAGAGGCAAAAGACUCCGAGACACUAGUUUCUUUCCAAAGACAUUAGAGAUCCACUGGCUGUCUAUAAUCAACUCCAUGGUUCUUGUAUUCCUACUCAUAGGAUUUGUUGUUAUCAUUCUGACACGUGUGUUAAAGAAUGACUUUGCUAAGUAUAACACUGAAGAAGAUGACAGUGAAGACCUUGACCAAGAUGAGAAUGGCUGGAAGAUCAUACACACAGAUGUCUUCAGAUUCCCACCUUACAAAAGUCUUUUCUGUGCCAUAUUAGGUGUAGGCAGUCACUUCCUGGCCAUAGCUACUGGAAUUCUCUUGAUGGCUCUUCUUGGCUUUUUCAAUGUCCACCGACAUGGCUCAAUAAAUACAGCUGGUAUUAUACUAUAUGCUGUCACAUCAUGUAUAGGGGGCUACGUGUCUGCUAACAACUAUCGCAAAAUGGGUGGCGUAAACUGGGUCUGGAACAUUAACCUAUCAUCUUCAUUGUUUGCCUUUCCAUUCUUUGUUGUGUGGAGUUUCAUCAACAGCGUACAUUGGUCUUAUGGUUCUACACAGGCUCUUCCUUGGACCACAAUAAUCAUGCUGCUAGCACUUUGGAUAAUUGUUGGGUACCCACUGACGGUAAUAGGAGGAAUAUUUGGAAAGAACUGGGCAAAUGGGUUUGACGCUCCAUGUAGGACUAAAAAUAUUCCCAGAGAGAUCCCUCCAAUCCCCUGGUACAAGUCAACCCUUGCCCACUGUAUUGUUGGAGGCUUUCUACCAUUUAGUGCAAUCUCAGUAGAACUCUACUACAUUUUCGCUACGUUGUGGGGACGUGAACAAUACACUCUUUAUGGAAUAUUGUUUGUUGUGUAUGGAAUUCUGCUCAGCGUGACAGCAUGUAUCUCCGUGGCACUGACCUACUUUCAGUUAUCUGCAGAGUGCUACAGAUGGUGGUGGAGGUCUAUCUUCAGUGCUGGAUCCACUGGUCUAUUUGUUUUGCUGUACUCAAUAUUCUAUUAUACGAAGCGUUCCAAUAUGUCUGGUGUUCUACAAACUGUUGAAUUCUUUGGCUACACAAUUCUCACGUGCUAUGCCUUCUUCUUAAUGCUUGGAACUGUAUCAUUCUUCGCAUCUCUGAAGUUUAUACGCUACAUUUACGUCAAUAUUAAAAUGGAUUAG